UGAAGUCGCCUUGUGUGGCAAUGAAACCAUUAAGACAACCCUCCCACUCCUUAUCUUGUUGUCGCGUCGCAUCCUCCCAACCGGCACCGACUGCAGGGAUGGAGAACUGCUACAAACUACGACAGGACCACUGAAGAGCACCGGAAGUGAGAAGGCGAAAGGGAAGGCCGUGAUAGCCACACGGAAGGCUAGCGUGUGUGUCGAGCCAUGUCCGGACAGACUGUGACCAUCCCGGACGACCGGGCGUUCGCCAGCUUCAAGUCGGAGUGUCUGAGUGAGGAAGGUUGGAGCGCGACCUACAACAAGGGAGGCAUCGCGGUGUGGACUCAGGCGCUGGAGGAGGGCAAGACGGUCCACAAAAUUAAGUGUAGGAUGAUCAGCAAGGACGUGUCAGCUGAGACCAUGUAUGAUGUUCUCCAUGACAUUGAAUACAGAAAAAAAUGGGACACAAAUGUCAUCGAGACUUUCGAUAUUGGAAAGCUUACAGUCAAUGCAGAUGUUGGUUAUUAUUCAUGGAAGUGUCCUAAGCCGCUCCGUAACAGAGAUGUGGUCACGCUUCGCUCCUGGUUGCCAAUGGGGAAAGACUACAUCAUCAUGAACUACUCUGUUAAACAUGCAAAAUGUCCUCCUAAAAAGGACAUGGUUAGAGCCGUUUCCAUACAGACUGGCUACAUGGUACAGAGCCAGGGGCCCAACCACUGUGUCCUCACAUACAUGGCACAGCUAGAUCCACGAGGUUCAUUGCCCAAGUGGGUUGUCAAAAAGUUUUCCCACUUCCUUGCACCCGGUGCAAUGAAGCUGAUCAAUAAAGCAUGUUUGAAGUAUUCUGACUGGAAGCAGAGACACAACCCUGGAUUCAAGCCCUGGCUCUACCCAGAACAGACUACAUUACCCAGCAUCGCACUUUCCGAGCUUAGCAUUCAGCAUGCUGAGAGCCUGGAAAAUAUUGAUGAGAGCUCCCUGGCUGAGACCCAGGACAGGGAUGACAGCUACUAAUUCAUGCACACGGAAGUUAGACCUGGGUCAUGUAUUCAUACACGCGUACAUCAAUGCAGGGAUACGUGCAUGCCUGAUACACGAUUACACAUACGCUAUGUAGAUUCAUUCAUAGACGCACACUCACUCACAUACCACUUGUAGAUCUACUCAUCCUCACAGCAAAUUGUGUUGCAGCAUUCAUAUGCAAACGCACUUCACAAAGUUGGCUCCGUAUUUUCCUACAUAACGCAUGCAGGCAUACCAUUUGCUAUGUCAGAUGCACUCAAAGCUGCAACACCCACUUGUCAUGGGUUGCAAGUAUUUUUUACAAUUUAGUAAUACUGGUCUAAUGUCUGUAAAUCUGAUUUGCCUGUUAAUGUUUUCAGAUUAGGUUGGUAUGGAAAAAGCAAAUUUUCAGUAAAAUUUACAUUAUAGGUGUUUAUACAGUAUGCUCACACAAAAAGACUUGAACACGUUUUCAUUUUUACAUCUCUGUAAUUUGUUUUUAGUCGUGUUUUGUAAGCACACAAUAAAUAUGCAGGUGUAUUGGAGGCAGCUGAAGCUCACGACGAAACUCAAAGGACAUCAUUUAUAUAUUUGGGAGGACUCAACUGUAUGCCUUGUCCCAAAUCUUAAUCUAAGCCUAGCAAGAAUUUCCAAGCUAUAGCUGGAGUCGCCUGGACUGAUCAGUGACGCUGAUGUGGAAGUGCCUUAUACCUGCAAUCUUGCGAAUGGCCAGCAGAGGGAGACUCCACAUGUUCCAAAAAUUUUAAAUAACGAGGGCUCAAAAUCCCAAUUUGCUUUUAAAAUGACAUACGACAAACAAAUGAAUGACUAGCAUGUUCUAUAUGCACAGUGUGCAAAUGUCCUCGUCCUGGUUUGAAAAGAGCCCUCUCAAAUAUAGAAAAGCAUGUACAAAAGCAGCUGUAAGAUGCAUUCUUUCUCUUCUACUACUCUACAGAUGUAUGAAUGUAUGUUCAGAAAUUCAAUACAGAAUCCAACAGAGGUUUUCAAGCUUCA